UCCUUUUGAAUUAGAAAGUAGGCUAAACCAUAUCUGUAGAGUCGUUCUCGAACAGAGCAUUAAUUUGUUUUGGCAAUAAAUUGUACAAGUGUUCCUUAAAAUUAAGGCUUAAAUAUCAAAACCCAUAGUCGGAAUGAGUCUGGGCCGAAACCUCUGUGGUCUAGUGCUAACAAACGUGGCGGGGUGCCGGGGCUUGCAUCAGAGACGAGUGAGAAGGCCAUUUCCCGUGGUUCCGGAUCGGAGGACCUUCUCCCGGGCAGAGACAACGAAGCCGCCACGGCUGCUAAUCAGAAGCUUCAAGGCCUUGAAUCAAAUUAACUCGUCGUAUAUGCGAGAGGUGUCGAUCGAGUUUAGUGAUCAAUUCUUAUCGAAAUGGAAGUGGUUGUAAAUUCAAAUUACGAACCCUAAAGACUUGAAUGAUAUAGAGAAUUGGCACGGACUUAAUGGGAAAGUAAUACAUAGUUCCGGAAAUCUUCGCAUGUAAUAAAUUUUUGUUGUAUGAUAAACAAAAUUUUAUAUAGCAGGAAAAAC